CUAUGAAUCGCACUAACAAAUGAUGCAAGAUAUGAGUUGGUGAGAUGAAUAAUGGACAUUCAAAUGGUUCACGAAAUAAUUCUGGACACCACAUUGUUGCAAGUCUAGAUGGAGUUUUUCAGUAUGAUCAAACUAGUUCGGAGAGUGGCAGUGGUAAAAUGGGAAAACUCUGUAUAUGUCAGCUUGGGAUUUCGUUAAUUGUUUCAGGGUCAGAUGAUUCUGAUAUUUGUCAUCACGAAACCGUGGAAACUAGUUUUUACACUUCCCUACCCAACCUAAAGAAUUGCUUUCUAUCAGUAGAUGGUAAAAUGAGUGACCUUGGUGAAAUGACAGAGUUUGAAGAUAUCCAGGUUGAAAAAUUAAUUUUGUAUUGCAAGGACUUCCGGGAGGUUGUUUUGCAUUUUAAAAAGGGGGACGAAACUGUGUAUGCAUUUUUAAAAACUCUUCAGGAUAAAGUGUAUCGGAAAAUAGGAUCACCUAGUGCAGAUAUGUGUGGCAGAUCUUCACCUUCCAGCAUAUGUAGUUUUUUGGAUAAAAGUUCCUGGGAAAGAGAACUUUCACGUUUAAAAAUUAACAUCAAGAAAUCAAGAUGGAAGGUUGUUGAGAACAAAGAAUUUAAAUCCUGUGGGAUUACUGGAAAAUAUUUUGUUGUCCCUAGUUCUAUCAGUAUUGAAAGUGUCACGGCAACUGGAGAGGGUCAUACCAACAAUAGAUACAUGAGUUGGUGCUGGACAGACAGUGAUACUAUGGUGUCACUUUUACGAUGCAGUGAGCCUCAGACUAUUCUGAAUAACUCAUACUUGAAUAAGAUCUUGAGUACUGUCAAUAAUGGCCGAGCCAAAACCCAUGCAGUUAUGAGCACAGCUCAUUUGAAAGACUCGUGUCCUGAUGAAACUGUUAUCAGUAAUAGUUUUGAGAAACUGUGGAAUGCCUGUCUAGUCAAAGAUGGAGAGUAUUUCUAUAAAAACCUGGAAUCGAGCAAAUGGUUUCAUCACAUUCACUCUCUGAUAAGGGCAUCUAGACAUAUUGCUCGGACAUUAAAAUGUGAUAAGAACCCUGUUGUUGUUAUGGAUGAAACUGGCAGAGAUAUGAGCUGUCUUGUCGUGUCACUAGUUCUCAUACUCUGUGACAAACACUUCAGGACAAUAGCUGGAUUUGCAAACUUGAUCAACAAGGAAUGGUUAUCUGCUGGCUACUCCUUUUGUUCGUCUCUUAUGUCAAUCAAGGGUACAGAGUCUCACUUCUAUCCGACCUUCAUCAUGUUUUUGGACUGUGUUCAUAAUAUUAUAUUGCAGUAUCCCACUGAAUUCGAAUUUACUGAUUUGUACCUCAUGGAAAUACUUGAUAAGAUAUUAACUGGAGAAUCUGAGGUGUUCAUGUUCAACUGCCCACGAGACAUUUCCCUUGUCUGCAAAGGGAAAGAAAAUGAUGUAGUGGAUGAUUUUUGGCAAAAAGUUCUGAAGCAGAAAUCAACAUAUGUCAAUCCGCUGUUUGAUUUGCAGGACAAAAUACUAAAAACUCCCUCAGAAACUACAUCCUUUGAUGAAACCCUUCAAGUUACGCGCACUCAGUCCUAUUCUUAUGCUGUCUCAAAGGGAACUGACGAUGUUGGUGAUGAUAAAAAGCCAACCAAGAAAGAACGCAGUGGAAUUCUCAUGCUCAAAGCUAUCAGAAAACCGAGUCACCUUUUUCACAAAGGUCGUAGAAAGUCAAAGAAAAUGAAGAAAGAUAAACCUGGUAAAGUUGGUUCUUCUUCGUUUUUCAGUGCUGAAUCUGAGUCUCCUCGAGAAAGGCUGACCUCAAUGAAGAACAUAUUUAAAUCUAAAUUUGAUCCCAUCAACGUUAAUUACAGCAUCAUCAACAUCCACUUGUGGUACAGGUACUAUUAUCGUCACAUAGUCAGUUCAGAAAUCCACAGCGAAGGUGGGAAUGCUUUAGUAGCCACCUUAGUUAAUGACAUAAAACUUUCAAGUUCAGAUUUUAUAAGUUCUCAUUGUUCUGAGGAUUCCACUGAUGUUGCAGGAGAGGAGACUUCAUCCAGUGACAUCGCUAAGAUGAUCAUGUCUGAGCCAGAUUACCUUGAUGAAAUACAACGCAGUGACAGCCUUACGACGAUAAACUCUGGCAUGGAACGCAGCAUUCACGUCUCAGAGAUCGAUCUGUGUAAUGAUCAUGUGGACAAGGAUUAUGAAAGUGCCGAGGAAUUGUCUCUCAACGGAUUGAGUAUGGAAGGGUCUAUUGAGCUACCAGCUACAGCACCAGCUACAGCACCAGCUACAGCACCAGCUACAGCACCCGCUACAGCACCAGCUACAGCAACAGCUACAGCACCAGCUACAGCACCAGCUACAGCACCAGUGGCUGAAGGUGAGAAGAGGUUAUCAGAAGUAAUGGAGGAACCUGAAAUGUCCAACACCAAGUCGCCUCAAACUGUUGUACUUGAGAUUGCUGAGGCUGCUAACGAUGUCCAAGAUUUUUGAGAAAAAUUUUCGUUUUUCAGCCCAAGCUAAAGCAUAUGUUACCAUUUCUGUUAUGUAAAAUACUUUCAAGCUUUAAAGUUAAUACUAAAAGUGAUAAAGAUAGAUCCAAAUUCCAUAGUUUUCAUAGAGCAUUAAAAUAACAUUUCAUGAUAACAUGUAGUAAUGUAUGGUCUGUUAACUGUUGCUUAAUAUAAUUAGUUCGAUAUUUGUACAUUUUUAGUUUUAAUUGGGGUGUGUCCAAUUUGAAUUGUGAGAUUUUUUCAAAUUUCUUCGUUAUUUAGGGUAAUUGUGAAACUAGAAACCUAAAAUGAAAUACGUUAACCAUUUUUACAGUAAAAGAUUAAUGUGCCCAAUUUAUAGAAUAUCUGAACUAUUUCUAUUUAAAAUGUUUCUUUACAGUGCUUAAAUUACCAUGCGACUAAACGCUUAGAAAUAUGUUGAUCGAAGAAAAACAAUUAGGAAUUUUCAAACGACACAAUUGUGGAAUGUACAUCUAAAGUUUGUGGCCCAGUCUUGACAGCUGUACACAGAAGUCACAGAUCCUCUGUCUAUACUUAAUAAAGUAUGUUAUACAGCAGGGUGCUGUAUUAGGUUUAUACAGCAGGGUGCUGUAUUAGGGUUGGUGAUGUUUCAAGCCUGGUUUUAUACUGGUCGUUUUUAAAAUACUUUCUUGUUGCUUACUGCUUAGGUUAUCACAAUAAUUGUUGAUCAUAUCAGUUAUUAAUAUAUUAAGUUUGUCACCCUUUUUCUCAUUUUCUGUAAAUAAUGAUUGUUUAAAUGUUUUGAUAUGAUUAAUUAGAUGAUUAACUCCAGUACGUCUGUGCAAUGAUUGCAAUGUUGUAAUUUGUUAUUAAAAUUCGCAAUAACUCUUUACAAUCAUACUUGUCAUGCUUUUCAUUGAUUACCAAUUAUAACGAUGA